AUGGAUCCCAACCGGCUGCACCUCAACUUUGACAACAGCCAGCAGAGGCUACCUGUGCCAAACGACAGGGCAUACCCCACGACUCCCUCCACGUUCCCUCAGCCCGUAUUCCCUCCCGGCCAGCAACAGCAGGGAGGAGGACUCCACCCUCAGCAGCAGCAGCAGCAGUACGCUCAGCAGCAAUACGCCCCCCAAGGCUACUUUGUCCAGAACAACCAGCAGUAUGCUCCCCAGUACGCUGGCCAGCAGCUCGACGAUCGCAACGCUCAGUACCAGCCUCGAUCCAACACCCCGGGCAAUGACCCCAACCAGGGGCUGGCCCACCAGUUCUCUCACCAGAACCUAGGUGGUGCUGCGCGGAACGCUGGCUACGCCCGCGGCCCUUCGCCUGGCCAGCGCCCGCGCACUGCGGGGAGUGGUGGGCAGCAGCCUUCGUACGAUCGCUACGCAAAUGCGCCUCCUGUACCGUCGCCUGCUUCGGCCCCCGUCCACGAGUUCCAGCAGGCCCCCGAGCGUAAUCCGGACAGGUACGGCAGCAACGCCAACAGCAACCAGAAGAAAUGCUCCCAGCUGGCCGCGGACUUUUUCAGAGAUAGUGUCAAGAGGGCCCGUGAGCGCAACCAGAGACAAAGCGAACUGGAGCAGAAGCUCCAGGAUCCCCAACAGAAUCCUGCUAGAAGGGAACAAUUGUGGUCCACGGCUGGGCGCAAGGAGGCUCAAUACUUGAGGUUCCUACGCACCAAGGACAAGCCCGAGAACUACAACACUGUCAAGAUUAUUGGCAAGGGUGCCUUUGGUGAGGUCAAGUUGGUGCAGAAGAAGGGCGACGGCAAGGUCUACGCCAUGAAGUCUCUGAUAAAGACAGAGAUGUUCAAGAAGGACCAACUUGCACAUGUCCGCUCCGAGCGUGACAUUCUGGCCGAAUCAGACAGUCCGUGGGUCGUCAAGCUCUACACCACGUUCCAGGAUUCGUACUUUUUGUACAUGCUGAUGGAGUUCUUGCCCGGCGGUGAUUUGAUGACCAUGCUCAUCAAGUACGAGAUCUUUUCGGAGGACAUCACAAGAUUCUACAUUGCAGAGAUUGUGUUGGCCAUUGACGCGGUCCAUAAGCUCGGCUUCAUUCAUCGUGACAUCAAGCCUGACAACAUUCUGCUUGAUCGCGGAGGCCACGUCAAGCUGACAGACUUUGGUCUGUCGACCGGUUUCCACAAGCUCCACGAUAACAACUACUACCAACAGCUGCUCCAGGGACGCUCCAACCGCCCCCGUGACCGCAGCUCUGUCGCCAUUGACCAGAUCAAUCUGACUGUCAGCAACCGUUCCCAGAUCAACGACUGGCGUCGGUCGCGCCGCCUCAUGGCUUACUCGACUGUGGGCACUCCCGAUUACAUUGCGCCCGAGAUCUUCACCGGACACGGUUACACGUUUGACUGCGAUUGGUGGUCGCUGGGUACCAUCAUGUUCGAGUGUCUCGUUGGCUGGCCGCCAUUCUGCGCCGAGGACAGCCACGAUACGUACCGCAAGAUUGUCAAUUGGAGACAGACACUCUACUUCCCCGACGACAUUACACUGGGCGUUGAGGCAGAGAACCUGAUCCGGAGCAUGGUCUGCAACACUGAAAACCGUCUGGGCCGCGGUGGCGCCCAGGAGCUCAAGAACCACGCCUUCUUCCGUGGUGUCGACUUUGACAGUCUGCGUCGCAUCCGUGCGCCGUUUGAGCCCAGGCUCACGUCCAACAUUGACACAACCUAUUUCCCCACCGACGAGAUUGACCAGACGGACAACGCCACGAUGCUCAAGGCGCAGGCUAUCCAGCAGGGCCGCACCGCACCUGUGGAGGAGUCUCCCGAGAUGAGCUUGCCCUUUAUUGGAUACACAUUCAAGCGUUUCGAUAACAACUUCCGCUAG